AUGCGCUUCCUGAUCGAGACCGCUGCUGCAAGUCGGCGCCAUGCCGCGCGGUGUUUCGGCUCUGGAGCCAUGGAAGCCAUCAGCCUGCAGGGGGUGCGAGGUGUGCUCCGGCUGCAGGGCUCGCCCGUCUACCACUUCCUGCAGGCGCUUUUGACAAAUGACAUAACGCCUCUGGAGGCUCCCGACGCCAAGCCCUUGUACGCCUGCCUGCUCAGCGCCCAAGGCAGGCACUUGCAUGACAUGAUCAUCCACAAGAUGCCAGACGAAGAAGCUUGCCUGCUGCUGGACGUGCACGCAGACAGCCUGCCCGACCUCUCCCGCUUGCUGAAGAGGUACCGGCUGCGGCAAAAGGUGGACAUCGCAGAUCUGAGCGGCGAGGUCUCGGUCUGGGCUGCCACGGAGCAUGGCGCCGCCCCGUGCCCCUCCGCCCACCUGGCCUGGGGUCCCGACCCUCGCCUGCCCGCGCUGGGCGCGAGGGGCCUUGGCGCCUGGGGGGAGGCCAGCGCGUCAGAGCAGGCGCGCUUCGCGCGACACCGCAUGCCGCUGGGGGUUGCCGAAGGCGACGCCGAGAUCCCGCACGGCCACGCCAUGCCCCUGGAGUACAACCUGGAUGCGCUGCGGGGCGUGGCUUACGACAAGGGCUGCUACGUGGGGCAGGAGCUGGUGGCCCGAACCCAUUACAAGGGGGUCAUCCGGAAGCGGCUCAUGCCCGUGCGCUUCGGCGUCGGGGGCGAGGGCGGCGCGGAGGUCGCUGCAGGCCGCGAGAUCGCGGCGGGCGGCGCUGGCUCCGGAGGGCGGGCUGCGGGCGUCGUGCGGGCCGUGGAGGGGGAAGCCGGCCUGGCGCUGCUGCGGCUGGACGCCGCGCUUGCCGUGGCGCGGGGCGCGGCGCCGCCACUGGCGUUGAGGCCCGAGGGUGGGGCGGGGCAGGAGGUCCUGCCCUCGGUGCCGGACUGGUGGCCCAGAGACUGGACUGAGGGGAGUUGA